CCUAAGUUCCAUUCCAUGCUUGGACUUCGAUACAAUCCAUUCAAAAAUACGAAACGCAAGACUCAGUCGCCCCCUCCUACAGCUCAGGUAGAAACACCUGCUGCCCCCACAGAACGACAGACAGUUCAGUUUGAAAUAGCUGCUGUCCAGAUUGAGCCUCCUCCAACACAGAUCAAGCCUCUCCCAGCACAGAUCAGUCUUCCAACAAAAACCAAACCUGCUGUUUCACAGAUCGAACAUCCCGUAGUCAUUAAAACACGCAAGAUAUCUACUCCUGUCACCAUGGCCCCAUCAGCAACUAGGCUUGCUCAUACGCCGUCCACGAAGGCCGCCAAUGGCUUCUCGACUCCGCCCACCUCUCCUGGGUCUGUCAUCCAUAACAAGUUUGAUACUGCCUACGGCAAUUCGAGGCCGCCCAGCGGACAUUAUGGGAACUCCAUGAAUAGAUCCUUCGCCUGGACUGCCCGCAGUGGGCAAUCCAACGACGGGUAUAAGAUUGGAUUUGUGCAAGAAGCAGCCGUCUCACUGAAGAAGAAGUCAAUCUCGGAGCUCGGAGUAGGCGUCUCGCAGAGUGUUGCGAACGUCUCGUUCAUCAACCUUAUCGAAAGUAUUAGAGACGAGCGCCUUGCUACCCUGCCUCAUAAAGGAAGUCGAUGGGACAAGGUGUUGAUCAGAGCUCAAUACUUUGCUGAGAAACUACAUCACUUCGAUGUAGCUAUUCAAAGCUUUGCCCUUGACAGCCAUGCGGCGGCAGAGCUGGGCUAUGGCCAUGCCCGCCUUCUUCUUGAACUCGGUCAUGACAAUUCAGAAGCCCUCGACAAAGCUUUCAGUUUCUUCUACAAGAACUCGUUGGUCGUUUCUGCACUUUUGGAGCGUACGGAACUGCUCUCGGUAACGUCUGAGACGCGAGAGGAGCUCUGCAAAAUGUACACCGACCUUCUGUCCUUGGUCGUAGAUGUUGCUAUUCGAUUUUACAAGGCUGUUCAUGGCAUGCUUUCGUCCUCCGUUAGUCUCGACAUGUUCGAAGUCUUCGGCGACACAAUUGAAUCUCUUCGAUCUCGACAGGCCACGGUGACAGAGGCCAUUUGGAGUUACCAGAUUGAAAACGAAGGGCUCGAUCCAAGUGAAGUGCUUGAUGUCAAGAUCAUCAGCAGAUGGUUGUCACCGGAGGACCGUGUGCUUAGCUCUUUAGGCCGCGAUCACACUACUUUCGCUGAUCACCAGGCGGAGCUCACGUGUCUCUGGUUCCAGAAACCUCUGUCCAAGUUCCUACAGAGUAAUACCAACUACCUGCUUCUAACCGGUCAGCCCGGGUCCGGUAAGACUGCACUUGCAGCAUCUAUUGCCGAGAGACUUCAAAGACCUCUCGGUAAAAAGUCGUUCUCCUCUCUUUUUGUCUCAAUCAGCUCUGGUAUUCCGACUCAAGCCAACUCGAUAUCGGUUGUCAAAUCCAUUCUUAUCCAGCUGCUCAGCUUGCGAACUGGGAAUAUGGCCAUGUACUAUGCUUUAGCUCAUGCGUAUGAUCUUUGUAAUAACUCCGCCGACGACGAAGUGUACGAAAACCAUCUAUGGCAGGCCCUCGCCGACAUCCUCAAAAAUCCCCUUGACAAAGCCAACGACUUGAUCAUCAUCGUCGAUGGCUUGGACGAAGUCGAAGGCGGCAACAAAGCAUCGCAGGCCCUCUUUGAUAAACUUCUCACUGUCAUCGAGCAAGGCAAACGUGUCAAGCUGGUUACUUCCUCGCAGCCAAAGUCGGUCGUGGCCUCAGCUAACCACAAAGGCAUCGAGCAUGCAAUCAGUCACGACGACAUUCAUGACGACAUCUACGCGGUCGCUAUCAAAGCUCUCAUUCGCAAUCACCAUUUCCAUAAGAAGUCUGGUCCCGAACAAGAGGAAUUCCUCAAUCGCGUCAUCCAGCACAGCAACGGUUCGUUUUUGUGGACAGUUCUAGUAUGCCAGCUUCUCAACCUAGAAAAAACGCCUGAAUCCUUCAGUAAGACUUGGGAAGCCUUCGAGACAACUCACCCAUCAGUCCAGGACGUCACUUUGAAGGUGAUCACCGUUUUGGAUCCCACCAACGACGCGAAGACUAUUCUUUCUUGGAUUGCUGCCGCCGAACGUCCAUUUACCCUGCAAGAAAUCGAGAUUCUCUUCUCCAUUGACACGCAAAAGGGCACUAUUGCUCGCAAACAUGUGGACAUUCACGACAUCAUAGAAUCUCUGAAACCAAUUCUUUCCAUUCAUGAUGACAUUAUCCGGUUCCGGCAUCCUAUCAUACAACACACGUUACAGACUGCCAUUAAGCAAGGAAAAAUACCAUCGCCCAUCAAGGAUUCUCAGCUCGACCUAGUUUUGAGGACGCUGAUCUAUACAAAGUCUACCUUGGUUGAGAGAAGAGAACCGAUAUUCGAUCCCGUUGACCAGACUUUGGCUGAUCGUCUUUUCCAUCAACACCACUUCCUUGAAUAUGCGAUCAGAUAUUGGGUUCUUCAUCUCAAACAUGCGGGGCUGGUUCCGAAGCCAACUGGAGACUUUACCGUCAUUACUGACGUCCAGAAGAACCUUCCAGACUCGACAACUGCACCAAUCCUUGAAAAACUAUGCUGGGACGCUCAAUUCCCUGGGGCCCAGGAAGUACAACUGCACAGUCUAGUUGGCCGUAUUCGCUCCAAGGUGUUCACUGAAGACCACCCAACAGUGCUUCAGACAUACCUGUCUUGCGCCACGUACUACCACCAACUUUCGAAUACCACCGAGACGGAGAAGUACUACUACCUCUGCACGAAGAUCAGCCGUACUGUCCUCAGUGACUUCCAUCCUCUUACCGCCGAGUGUGCGAACACAUACCUCUCUAUCACCGAGACUUUGACCUCCACAUCACGCACUGAGGUCAUGACCCACCGAGAACAGGUACUUCUCAUCCUCAUUUCGGCGUACGAGCGACAAUUCGGUGCAACAUCUGAGAUUGUGAUUCGAACUCGAACCACGUUGGCGGAAUUUUACGUGUACAUCCACGAGGAAGAGCGUGCCAGAGAGCUUUACAAAAUUAUUCAAGAGGCCACAGUCAAGCACUACGGCAAGAACUCACACGAAGCUCACGGUGUUUCGGAAAAGCUUAACAUUGUGCUUGGCAAGAAAGAUGAACAAGUCCUUGAAACCUACAACGACUCUCUCUUCGGGGAGGAUACCGAAGAAGAUGUGGUUGAAGAGUUCAACCUUGGUCAGAUUGCCAUAAUUCUCAGUCGUGCUGAGAGGGAGAUCUCGAAGAAGGAGUUCACAUUGGCCGAACGCACCUAUGUUGAGCUUUGGCAACGUGUGUCUGCUCUGUGUCGCACCACCCGUUCGAUUGAAUGGCAUUCGAAAAAUAUCGAGAUCGCACAGGCCUAUUCCUCAUUCUUGAAGACCCAGAAGAGAGAGACGGAGCGUUCUGCGGUCCUUGCAGCAGUGUGGGAGCAGUACGAGCACCAUGAAUUGUCCUUCUCCGACAGCAUCAUGACGCAACUUGUUCAAGUUGCUGAGACUCUAAAGUCAGAGGGAUACUAUACCUAUGCGUUGGCUAUUUUCAAACGUGCUAGCUUCUACUACAAAAGUGUUCGCAAGGAGGAGUCGCACUCCUACUCGGAGAUUGAGAAGCAGAUCACCCAAACCUCCACCGAAAUCAUCAAGCAGACCGUGACGAGCUCUAGCACGACGAAUGUCUCCGAGUCUGUUUUCGAGUCUGUCUUCCAAUCGGCUAUCACCUCGUCCAAGGAGAUCGAUAUCACAACAAUUUCACUCGCCAAGAAGUUGACCGCUCAAUACAUAGAGCAGAGGAAAUGGUCAGAGGCUAUCACCGUUAUCAAGUCAACGCUGCAGAGGACCUGGGCAUCAUUCUUUUCAGAGUCCAGCCAUGACAUCACCAUCACCUCGACUUUCUUGCAAGAGUCGAUCUAUUUGGUCGAGCAGCUUGCGGAGGUUUACAUCCGCCAAAGGCAACUGGAGAAAGUGGAAGAUGUAUACUUGCGUCUCUUCCGAGCUGUUCUACGCUCACCGCAGAUCGAUGCAACCCUGUUUGAAAAGGCUAAACAAUAUCUUCUGACCUUCUACGACAAGCAUGGAUACGUGGACAGCGCAAUCAGCGUUUAUCAGGAAAUCCUUGUGGUGUACCGGACCACCUUGGGCCCCUCCCACGAAAAAACGAUUCAAGUCUUGUACACUUUGGCAUCUCGGUGCCGCGCGCAUCCUCGAAACCAUCCUUACUGGAUCGAAUACUACCAGCAAAUAGUCACCGGCCUGAACAAAAACUCCGAGAUCUCCCACAAGGACGCAACGGACGCGAUCAUCAUUGUGUCCGACUCGUACUGGGAGGACCGAAGAUUCGCUGAAGCUCUCACUGUUUUCGGUGUCCUAUGGGCUACGUUCAUUCAGAAGAGCAAAGAGUACAAGCAGUUUAGCGACACCACAUUUGUUCAGCGUCUCUAUGAACGCUACACCCAGUCUCUCGAAGAGACAAGGGCUAAGUAUGAGGUACUGUACAAGGUUUCAAAGGAGUACCACGAAACAAGCAUCAAAUCUUACGGUGCGGAGAGCUCCAUUGCAGUGGAGGCUACCCUUUCUCUCGCCCGCGUCGCUCAACGUAGCGAGUCUCAUACUUCCGAAGCGAUUUCACUGUACGAAAAGGCUUCCAGUUCGUCCGCGUCAUCUUCUGUCAGCAUCACCGAGAUCAAACAGACUUUGUCCUCCCUGUACGUUCAUCAAAUAUCCUCCCAGUCGUCGUCGACCGUUACAACGGAGUCGAUUGAGCGUGCCACCAGCAUACAACUGGAACAGUACGUUGAGGCCAGGAGCAAGUACGGUUACUCUCAUGGGACAUCCCUCACCCACCUCCGAGAACUCACGAGCCUCUACGUGAAGCAGAAGAAGGUGGACCUCGCUAUCAAGGAACUCUCUAUUGCCAUUGUCGAGAUCAACACCAAGGAAACAUCUUCUCAGAAGCUUAUCGAAGCAGCAACCUCUAUUGCUUCCACAUAUCAAGCACUGAGCCUUGUAGAGCGCGCCACGGAAAUCGUAGAGGAACUCCACCGCCAAAUCAUCGCUAAGAACGCUGUUAACUCCUCGAAAUUUUCGUUCGAUCUUACAAAGACUACCCGGUCCUCUCUUAUCUUCUUGGCAACUCUGGAGUACUACAUCCGCAAGGACUUGUCCAUUACAUUCUCGGAGAUCUACGCUAGCAUUGUCACCGAGGCUGUUCUCUUCGAGGAGUUUAGACAGGCAUUGCAAGCUAAAGUAGGCAUGCGGAAGCUCUUGUUGGUAGCCGCGCCACUCCGAUCCUUCCUCGUCCAGCGACGUCGCACAGGAUUGACAAACCUCGUCGACGAGGAAGUUGUGAACCUUUUCGUUCAAAAGGAGACCUCGAAGCUUGGGCUACUCAGCAAAGAAUCUCCUCAUAUAUUCAUCGUCGCCAUCUUGGAGCAUCUCGGCCACAAGCACCAGGAUUUCAACCGUGCCGUCAUCUUCGGCACCAACGAGCAAGUUGCCCUGCUCACGAACGCCAAGAAGUUCCCAGAGGCUCAAGACGUUGCCCACCUCGGCUUCCUCUUCGCUGUCAACCACAAGGCCUACAGCGGACCCAAUGCGAUCAGCUACGGCUUCAAGCUCGCAUCGUUGCUCGUCGGGCGCGACGGCGAAAAAAGCCCAGAUGCCACUCUCCGCAAGAAGAUGCUGCAGCUCUCCAACCGCAUCGUCAAGAAGAUUCUCGAAAUCUGCAAGUCGAACAAGAUCAACUUUGCUCAAGUCCAGCUGCCAGAACUGAGCAAGCUGUCCGCCCUCCUAGGCGAGCAACAGGACUACGAGACCCUAGAGUGGCUCCUCUCCACCCUCUGGUCCACGCGAGACGCCCAACGCUCCUGGCCCGCGGCCGUACUCCUCCAGCUCGGCCGCCGCCUCAUCUGCGCCCGCUACCUGGCCGGUCACCCCAUCAAAGCCAUCCGGCUAUGCGAAGACAUCGCCUACAACAUGCGCCGCGUGCACGGCGCCCGCCAUCCGGCCACGCUCGACACGUACCUACUUCUAUCCGAGCUCUACACGUCGACGGGCGCCUUCUACCAGUCCAAGACGGCGACGGACAAGGCCGCAGCCCAGCUCGCGCGCGACUACUUCAAGAAGGCGCUGCUCAUCCACGAGGACCUGCUGCGCCUGCUUGUGCACGAGGACGGCGCGGGCGACGGCUACGACUCGGACGACGAGCUUGAUAGCGCCGCCGCCAUCCUCGCCGAGCACGGCGUCAGCGUCAAGGGCAGCGUUGCUGGCGGGGCUGCAGGUGCGCAGGAGGACGACAACACGCCUGCGCUGAGCGAGACGGAGAAGGCGUUCUUGGCGAAGCGCCAUCUGGUGCUGCUGAAGCUCGCGUUCCAGCGGCUGGGCGGGUGGCCGAAGGCCGCGGGCGAGUAUGAGCGGCUGAACGCGGAGGCGUUUAGGGUGUUUGGCGCGAGCGCCGAGUGGAAGGGGUUGGAGGGAGUGGAGAAGUGGAGCACGAAGGGGUUUGGGGGUGGGAAGGCAGAGAGUGAGGCGGGCGUGUUUAAGGAGCAGGGGGUGGGCAGUUGGGAGUUUGCGGCUGGGGAGGUGCCGAGGGCGCUUACGACGGUUACGCAGGUGAAGCACAAUGGGACGAAUAAGGCGGUGGUGGAGCAGGAGGAGGAGGAGUUGUAGGUAUGGUUGGGGAUGUUGGGUGAUGAUUUGAGGGAAGGGGGAAUCAUGAGGCGUGAUAAUGUGUAGUUAGUCUUUUUUCUUUUGUUGUCGGAGCUUUCAUGAGCACACAAAAUGUAUAUUCGGGCGUUUAUUUUGUUAUGUUUCAUAGGUAUACGAAUAGUUAGUGAUAAUCUCUCGUUCUAAAAGUUCAUUUCAUUGCCAAACUUUCAUGAGCGAUUUCUUCGGAUUUAGUUGACUAGAUUGUGUAGAUGUAAGGCUUAUUAGAAUAGUAGCUUGAUGGUGCGUUCCCUAAAUAGCGAGAUGGAAGAGUACCACAACAACACCGACCUCACGACGAU